AUGGCCUUUCGCGCCUUCCUCCUUGUGGCAGCCCUCUUGUCUUUGACAUGCUUUCAUGCCACCGCUUCUGAUCCAAGCCUUCUCCAGGACUUCUGCGUCAUAAACAACAUGUGUGUAACUUAUGAUUUUGUUGAUGCAGUGCGUGUCAACGGGUUCCCAUGCAAGGAUGCAAAGGAUGUUGUGGCUGCAGAUUUCUUCUUCUCCGGCCUUCACUUGGCUGGCAACACAACUAACAAGCAAGGCUCCGCUGUCACACCAGUCAACGUUGCUCAGAUUGCCGGGCUAAACACCAUGGGCAUCUCUCUUGCUCGCAUCGACUAUGCACCAUAUGGUCUGAAUCCACCUCACACACAUCCGCGUGCAACUGAGAUCUUAACCGUGCUUGAGGGCUCCCUCUACGUAGGCUUUGUCACAUCGAACCCGGGCAACAAACUGUUCACAAAGGUUCUUAACAAAGGAGAUGUAUUUGUGUUCCCUCAAGGGUUGAUCCAUUUCCAAUUCAACUAUGGAACCAAAAAUGCAGUGGCACUUGCAGCAUUGAGCAGCCAAAACCCUGGGGUGAUAACCGUGGCAAAUGCUGUAUUCGGGUCAAAGCCAUCCAUCACAGAUGAUAUCCUUGCCAAGGCAUUCCAAGUCGACAAGAUGACUGUGGAUCGCAUCCAAGCUCAGUUCUAG